AUGGAACAGGAUAAAGAUUGUAUCUUACGUUUUGAACCCUCCAAUUGGGAGAAAUGGAAGAGAUCUAUAAUGAUCUAUAUUUUAUCGCAAAACAUAACAAAGGAUACUCAAAAACAAGCUAUAAUACUGCAUAAAGGUGGACAAGAACUACAAGAUGUAUUCUUUGGAAUACCAGAACAUGGUAAUCCACCACAAGGAACAACAGUGUUCGAACAUACCAUAAAUCUGUUAGAUCAGCAUUUCAUACCAAAAGUGAACCCAGUGUAUGAAAGACACGUUUUCAGAAAAAUAAGACAAGAAGUUAAUGAGUCAGUUGGGCAGUUCAUAUCAAAACUAAGACAGCAAGUAGGUAAAUGUGAUUUUGCUGAUGCUGACACGGAAAUGUGCGAUCAAAUUAUAGAACAUUGUACAUCUGAUGAACUUAGACGGAAGUUACUUGAAAAAAACAAUUUAAAUUUGUCAGAAAUCAUUGAAGAGGCUAAACGAUUCGAGUUAGUAACACAACAGGCUGAUACAUUAUGCAAGAAUGAAAAAGAAACGGUAAAUAAAGUCACAAAGUAUGAAAAGCAAAAGUAUCACAAAAUGGAAAAGUCUAAAACCAAAAACAAGGCAUGUUAUAGAUGCGGAAACGAAAAUCAUUUUAAAAAUGAUCCUAGUUGCCCGGCAAAAGAUAAAAAAUGUGGUCGAUGUGGUUUAAUCGGGCAUUUUAAAGCGUACUGCAAAACAAAGUUGCCCACGAAUACAAAAGAACCAUGGAAAAAGUAUCCACAACAAACAUCGCGGAACAAUAAAAUAAAUGCGGUAAAAGAAGCAAGAAGUGAUGACGAUGCCAUAGUAUUCCAGAUAACAAAGAAGAAAGGUUUGGUGACAAAUGAGGUAACAUGUGAAGUUGGUGGCACACAUAUCAAGUUCCUAAUUGAUUCGGGAUCUAGUUGUAAUAUUAUUUCAGAACAAACCUGGAAAAGAAACAAAAUUAACUACAUUAAAAAGGAAAGUGAAGUAUCUCAAAAGCUAUUUGCAUACUCAAGUAAAGCACCACUUCAAGUUAUAAAAAAAGUUAUAACAACAAUUAAGAUAUUAGACCAUGAAGAAGUAGUAGACAUUUUUGUAGUUAAAGGUAAUAAUCAGUCACUACUAGGGUAUGAAACGUCAGUGAAGUUAGGACUGUUAAAAAUUGGUUUAAAUAUAAAUGAAAUAACAUCAAAAAUUAGUUCAUACAAAAGUGAAUAUCCAAAUCUGUUCAAUGGGAUUGGAAAAUUAAAAGAAAAACAAAUACAACUUCGCAUCAAUGAAAAUAUCAGCCCGGUUGCUCAACAACAUAGACGUAUUCCGAUACAUUUAAGAAAACAAUUAGAAAAUGAACUUACAAGACUUGAAAAAUUGGAUAUAAUUGAAAAAGUUGAUGGACCAACACCUUGGGUCUCUCCUAUUGUUUUAGUUCCAAAAAAAAACGGAGAAGUCAGACUAUGUGUAGACAUGAGAAGACCAAAUGCAGCCAUCGAAAGAGUGCGUCAUGUGACUCCAACCAUUGAUGACAUAAUAAGUGCGGUAAAUGGGUCAAAAGUAUUUUCAAAAUUGGAUCUUAAUGAGGGCUACCACCAGUUGGAGUUGGAUUGUGCAUCAAGAUUUAUCACAACAUUUAGCACUCACGUUGGACUUAGACGGUACAAAAGGUUGAGUUUUGGAAUAAAUUCUGCGGCAGAAGUAUUCCAAGAUGAAAUAAGACAAGUGCUUGUAAACAUUCCCAACGUGAUGAACGUUAGUGAUGACAUACUAAUAUAUGGCAAAUCACAAGAAGAACAUGAUAUUACUUUAAAAAAAGUACUAAAUCGUUUAGAAGAAAAAGGACUCACAUUAAAUUAUGAAAAAUGUCUUUUUAGUGUCAAAAAGCUCACAUUUUUUGGGUACCAAUUCAGCGAAUAA